CAGAGAGAAAAGUAUAUUAUGAAAUCGCAUAUUCUAAAUUUCUUGACUCAAGCAAUCCCUCGCUUCCUUCUCCUUCGAAUCACAAACCCUAACAACUUUUCUCCCCUACCUACCUUCCCAUUCCUCCUUUUCAAGUCGUUUAAUUUUCGUCAUUUUCAAGUGGGUGUUCCAGUCUACAAUUCAUCGGAAUGGGAAAUGACAUUAGCUACCUGAUCUUUUAGAUGCUUCUCAUAUAAAUAAAGUAAAUUUCUCAGGUGAUUAUUGUUGGACGUCAAGGGGUUGUUCUCAAAGGAUUUGGAUUUUUGCUUCCUGUUAUUACUGAAUUUUGGGAUUAAUGGAUGGGGAUGGGGGGAGUACCUCAUCGGAUUCUACAGUAAUUCGAUCAAUUCCAAUAGGACCAACACUUUCUAGGAGAUCCAAAGCUUUGCGUCAGUUCAAACAGCAAAGUCUUCCAGCUUGUAAACCUGUCUUGACACCGGCAUGGGUCAUUACUACAUUUUUGUUGCUAGGUUUUGUUUUCAUUCCUAUUGGACUUGUCACUCUCCGUGCUUCACGUGGUGUUGUCGAAAUUGUGGACAGAUAUGAUGCAGAUUGUGUACCUGAGCCAUUUAAAGGCAACAAAGUGUCAUAUAUCAAGGAUACUUCGGUUCCCAAAAAUUGCACUCGUAUUUUGAAGGUACCCAAGUAUAUGAAAGCUCCAAUCUACAUAUAUUAUCAGCUUGAUAAUUACUACCAAAAUCACCGAAGGUAUGUCAAAAGUAGAAGUGAUCAGCAACUCUUACAUGGACUGGAGUACAAUGACACAAGUUCCUGUAAACCUGAAGAGUCCAACAAUGGUCUUCCUAUUGUCCCUUGUGGGUUGAUAGCAUGGAGUUUGUUCAAUGACACAUACACAUUUAUUCGUGGGAAAUCAGAACUGAUGAUCAAUAGGAAGAACAUUGCUUGGAAGAGUGAUCGGAACCACAAAUUUGGGAAGCAUGUUUAUCCCUUCAAUUUUCAGAAUGGGACAUUGAUUGGUGGUGGAAAACUAGAUCCAAAAAUCCCUCUAAGCAAUCAAGAGGAUCUUAUUGUCUGGAUGCGUACUGCUGCUCUUCCUAGCUUCCGAAAGUUGUAUGGAAGAAUUGAAGAGGAUUUGGAUGCAGAUGAUCUUAUAUUUGUUUACCUGAUGAACAAUUACAAUACAUACAGCUUUGGAGGGAAGAAGAAGCUUGUUAUUUCAACAUCAACCUGGUUGGGAGGAAAGAACGACUUCCUUGGUGUUGCCUACAUCUUUGUUGGUUCUUCUGCCAUAAUCCUCUCACUUGUUUUCUUAUUGCUUCAUGUGAAAAAUCCAAGGCCAUAUGGAGACAUAACAUACUUAUCCUGGAACAGAAAAGGAAUUUCUAGUUGAAAAGUUGAUGUGCAAAAUUCAAGUUAUUUAUUAUGAUUCUGGUUGAUCCUAUAGAUUCGUGUAAAUCUCGAAAUUGCCGGAGUAAUGUCAAAAUACAUCAAGCCAGAGACGGUGGAUUUUUUAUUUUUUAUUAUUUUAUUUAUUAUUAUUAUUAUUUUUUUGUGAUCUGCUUAAGAAGAAUCAUGUUGUAUUUUACCAUAAAUAUUAGCUCAGUAGGAGUAGAUUAGGCAACUGAUCUUGGUCGAAUAUCCAUAUUAAUUGAUUAUAUAUAUAUAUAUAUGGGAAAUUGAUUUAUUUUA